UUGAUGCGCCAACUUCACACUACUAAUUAUAAUUAUUUUUUUUUCUGCUAUUAUAUAUUUUUAAAGAACAUUUAAAGAACAAAAUACUCGAUUUUUAAUUCUACCAUCGAAAAAAUAUUCGUUUUAAGAUUUAUUGUGUAAAACAAAAAUAUAUAAGAAUUAAAUAUAAUAUAAUUUUUGCUGUUUUUUUUUGUUGACGCUACAAAAAAAAGAAAAAAAAAAAAACCAAAAAAUUAUAAUAAUGGAAGAGAAUGCAAAGAAUAAUCAAUUGGACGAUGAAAAAUUAAGAACAUUAUAUGUACGUUGGCCAAAAACAAUUAAUGACGAUAAAGAAGUGACAAAUUUAUUUUCAAAUGAUGUUAAAAUUAAAUUACCAAGGCAAAAAUCAAGAUGUUGUCAUAUUAUAUUUUCAACAAUAAAAAAACGUGAAAAAUAUUUAAAAACAAUGAAGGACAAAUUAAAUAUUAAUGGUAAACGUAUUAUUAUAAUGCCAUUAAAGGAGAAAAAUUUGGAUAGACGAAAAAAUAAAAUUACACGACAAGUUGAAACAUUAAAAAAAGUUGUUGUUCCACGUCCACAACAAUCAUCAGUUCAAUCUUUAUUCGUAACGGAUAUUCCAAAAGAAACAAAAGCACAGGAAGUGAAGGAUGCUUUUCCUGAAUGCACAACUCUUGCUUUAUUAAAUGCCCGCGAUGGAAAAAAUAGCAAAUCGGCAAUUAUUAAAAUGUCAAAUAUAAAAUUUGCCACCGCCUAUUUAAAUAAUGAAAAUCCAGCGCCAACAAUUAAUGGUAAUACAGUGAAAAUAUUUCCCUAUAAAAAAAGAUCGAAAUCAUUGAAAAAAAAAUUAAAAACAAUGUUACAAAAAUUGGAUAAUUCAAGUGAAAUUAAAAUUGAUUCCAAUGAUGAUGAAUAGUUAAUUUGUAAGAAAGAAAGAAAAUGUAUUUUUCAAGUAAGUUUUUUUCUUCUUUUUUUUUUAAAUAUAGAAUUACAAACAAAUAAAAGGAAAAUUUUA